ACACUUUUUAACACCUUGUUAGACAUGCUUGUUGGAAGCAGAGUCCGAUCCUUCUCAAUGGCAGCUUCCAGCAUUGCGCGCGCCAGACAGGGGCUCAAUCAGCCACUGGGCGGGAACGAGAUGCCGCGCUUUGCAGGCAUUGCCAGCAUGAUGCGUCUGCCCGUGAGCCCGCUGCCGUUGCCAGCAAGCGUGCAGGCUGCGUUCGUCGGCGUUCCCUUCGAUUUGGGCACAUCCAACCGCGUCGGGACCCGCUAUGGCCCGCGCGCCAUUCGCGCCGAGUCUGUCCUGCUGCGGCCGUACAACAUGGCCACGCGUGCCGCGCCGUUCGAGUGCCUCCAGGUGGCGGAUGCGGGCGACGUGCCCAUCAACACGUACAAUCUCGCGGAAUCGAUCAAGAUUAUCGAGCAAUUCUACUCGGACAACAUUCUGCAGCACAACUGUGUUCCGAUGACGCUGGGUGGAGACCAUACCAUCACGCUGCCAAUCCUGCGCGCAAUUGUCAAGAAGCACGGGCCGGUUGGACUGGUGCACAUUGACGCGCACUCGGACACGAACGACGUGAUGAAGGGCGAGAAGAUUGCGCACGGCACGACCUUCCGCCGUUGCGUAGAGGAAGGGCUGCUCGACACCAAGCGUGUGGUGCAAAUUGGUCUGCGUGGCAGCGGGUACGCAGCCGACGACUUUGACUGGGGCCGAAAGCAAGGCUUUCGCGUCGUGCAGGCCGAGGAGUGCUGGUAUCGCUCGCUCGCUCCGCUCAUGGCCGAGGUUCGCGCCGCGAUGGGAUCUGGCAAAGUAUACGUGUCGUUCGAUAUCGAUGGCCUCGAUCCCUCCGUUGCCCCAGGCACUGGCACGCCAGAGUAUGGCGGUUUGACCGCGCACCAGGGUCUCGAGAUUGCGCGCGGCGUCCGCGGUCUCAACAUUGUCGGGUGUGAUCUUGUCGAAGUUGCGCCCCAGUACGACACGAGUGGCAACACUGCGCUGCUGGGCGCCAACAUGCUAUUUGAAAUGCUCUGCAGCUUGCCCGGCGUGGAGCUCCGACGAAAUUGAGUUUUUUGUGUUGUGUUUGUUUUGGUUUCGAUUGUUGUGCAUCCACCCACCGUCAAUAAAAAGCCAAGUUAUGCAUGA